AUGGAAUUUCCUAAUACUGGAGAACGUUGUGCAUUGGACGAUUGUAAAGUAUUAGAUUUUCUUCCAUUUAAGUGUAAUCAUUGUGAUUUGACAUUUUGUAAAAAUCAUUUUAAUGCAGAAUCGCAUAAAUGUUCUAAAUCUUUGUCCGAUGUUAUAUCGUCGAAAGAGACAUCUUCAAAUUUUACUUGUUCUAAACAAGAUUGUAAAGAAACGUCACCUGUCGAAAUGUUAUGCUAUAAAUGUAAGAUUCAUUUUUGCUUAAAGCACAGAUAUCAUGGUUGUUUUGAAACUAACGACGAUGAGACAUUAAAAAAACUUAAGAAAUGGCAAAUACCUAAGAGACAAUUUGCCCAAGCUAAAGCAAUAGUAGAUCAAGAAGUUUCUGAUUCUUUAAAAAAGUCAAAAAAUACUGCUAUGGCUAACAAAGUACAAUUGAUGCGUGUGAAAAGUGUUGCUGUAGGCCCUAAAAAUGUGCCGAUGAAUGAACGCUGUUAUUUUCUUGUGUAUCCACCGAUAACCGUUUCAAAUAAAGUUACAAGCGCCCCAAAAGGUAUUUACAUGAAUAAACAUUGGACCAUUGGUAAAAUCAUAGAUUCAACGGCUGACAUAUUUAAAAUUCCUAACAACAAUAACACAUCAAUUACAAAUAAAUUGCAUUUAUUCAAUCAUAAUACUGGUGCAUCCAUAUGUAAUAAAAUGGAUACUCCUUUAAUAGAUCUAUUUGAAAGUUCUUCACUUAUUGAUGGGCAAUGCAUUAUUUUAGAAUAUUCUGAUAACGCAUCUGUAGAUCUUACCCUCUAUAAAUAAAUGUAUUAAAAAUUA